UGACGUUUUAAGCAUACAUGAAUUACAUAAACGUUAAGAAGUAUUUCCCCAUCUUCUCUUUAUAUUUUAUUUGAUCAUCACUUCAAUUUCAUUCUCGCACAGAAGAAAAGAAUAAAUAGACCUCUCCUCUCUUUCUGUGUGUGUCUCAAACAUGGCUUCAUCUACGACCAACAACAGCAAAGAGAUAGCCGCAGAGAUUCCCACUGUGGUGAGGGUGUACAAGGAUGGCACCGUGGAACGCCUCAGAGAAUCCCCGUUUGUGCCACCCUCCCUUGACGACCCACAACUCACUGUCUCCUCCAAAGACACACUCAUCUCACACGAACCCUCCAUCUCCGCUCGCCUUUACCUUCCAAAACACACUCACAACAACAAACUCCCCAUCUUGGUCUACUUCCAUGGCGGUGGAUUCUUAUUUGAAUCCGCUUUCUCUCAAUCCUACCACUCCCACUUCAACUGCUUUGUCUCCCAAGUUGAUGUCAUAGUUGUCUCUGUAGAAUACAGGCUCGCACCGGAACACCCUCUCCCAGCAGCAUAUCAUGACUGUUGGGCUUCUCUUCAAUGGGUUGCCGCUCAUUAUUCCUCUCCAAACCCACCCAACAAGGAGCCAUGGUUGAUCAACCACGGUGACUUCAGCAGAGUUUUCCUAGGAGGUGAUAGCGCUGGCGGGAACAUCGUUCACAACAUGCUUAUGCGUGCUGGCUCUGAGACUUUACCUGCUUCUGUCAAAGUGUUGGGUGCUUUUCUUUCCCAUCCAUUCUUCUAUGGUUCACAACCGAUCGGGUCAGAACAGGCUAUUGCUACCCCCGACUACAUGCUUAAAGUUUGGAACUUCGUGUUCCCUUGUGCCCCUGGUGGGAUUGAUUGCCCUAUGAUCAAUCCAAUGGCUGAUGGGGCACCAACCUUGGCUGGACUUGGAUGCUCUAAGAUGCUGAUCUGUGUUGCCGGCAAAGACAAGUUAAGGGACAGAGGAAUUUGGUACUACGAUGCUGUCAAGAAUAGUGGCUGGCUUGGGGAAUUGGAUCUUUACGAGGAGACUCAAGAGGACCAUGUUUAUCAUAUCCACAAUCCUCAAUCUCACGCUGCCUUCAAUUUCGUCAAACGCUUGUCCUCUUUCCUUCUUGGAUAGAAUAUAGAUCGAUCAAGUCAAUAAAGAAUAUGAAUUACGGUGCCGUCUGUGGGGGGGCUACACUAAUUCGCUGGCUAUAGUAGCUAUAAAUGGACAGCCAAUUGAAUUGAGACAUGUGACCAAAGGGAUUGUUUCACCUGCUUAGUUUUGGUUUUUAAAUAUAACUGUUAAAGUAAUUAUCAUAAAACUUGAUGCAACUCACUUUAUCAAUAAGGUUUAUUUUUUUCAA